AUGGGUGCACUAUCAAAGAUUGAGGAUGGCUACUCCACAGAAACUGUCCAUUUGAACAUCUUAGAACAAGUCCUUGAGAGAAGCUCAGCUAGAGAAUCCUUAGUUUGCAGCUAUAAAAGCAGUUUUAAUGGAUUUGCAGCUAAGCUCACAGAACAAGAGCAACUAAAGCUAAGAGGCAUGAAAGGUGUAGUCUCUGUAUUUCCAAGUAGAACCCUAAAACUUCACACAACAAGAUCAUGGGAUUUCUUGGGCUUCCCAACCACUGUAAAAAGAGUGCCUACCAUUGAGAGUAAUGUCAUUAUUGGCAUGAUUGACAGUGGAAUCUGGCCUGAAUCUGAGAGCUUCAACGAUAACGGGAUCGGUCCUCCUCCGAGCAAAUGGAAGGGUAUUUGCCAAAACAUAACCUGUAAUAAUAAGAUUAUUGGGGCACGAUUUUACAACGCCGAGAAUAACUAUAAAGAAGAAGAGAAGUCCCCUCGUGAUAUUGAAGGACAUGGAACACACACUGCCUCUACAGUAGCAGGUGUUGAAGUUAAAAAUACAAGCCUUUUUGGCAUUGCUCAAGGGACAGUAAGAGGAGCUGUUCCCUUUGCAAGGAUAGCUGUCUACAAAGUCUGCUGGAAUGUUGGUUGCUCUGACCAUGAUAUCCUGUCUGCAUUUGAUGAUGCAACUAAAGAUGGUGUUGAUAUCUUAUCAGUUUCCGUGGGGGGUUCAUCUGUUACAGUUUUCAAUGAAGAUCCUAUUGCAAUUGGAGCAUUCCAUGCAAUGGAGAAAGGUAUCCUUACAUCUGUAUCUGCUGGAAAUGAAGGACCACAAAUGGUUAGUAUCAAAAAUCUUGCCCCAUGGAUGCUAACUGUAGCAGCAAGCAACACAGAUCGUCGGAUCAUAAGCAAAGUCAGAACAGGCAAUCAGAUUACCAAGGUGGUGAUGCUGCCAGGGAUAUUAAUGUCCUUUGAUAAUCAAGGACAUGCUAUCAACACUUUCCAAACUAAGAAAGAGGCAUCUCAAAUUAUAUAUGGAGGUGAUCAUGCUGCACAUAACUCUAGCAGUGUAGAAGCAAGGGCAUGUAAUGCUGGUUCUUUGGACAAAAAUUCAGUGAAAGGGAAAAUUGUCUUCUGCGACAUGGCCAAUAGUGGUGUCGGGCCCUUCCUUGCUGAUGCUCAAGGAAUGGUGAUGGUAGAUGAUGUUGGAUCUGAUGAUACACCCUUCUCUUAUCCUUUACCCGCAACGGCUAUCAGCAUUGCUGAUGGCAAAAAAUUAAAGCAAUAUUUGAAUACUACUAGAAACCCCAAGGCGAAGAUCUACAAAAGUCAAUCGAUUCGUGAUCCGAAAGCUCCGGUUGUGCUUUCAUUCUCUUCCAGAGGACCGAACCCAAUUUCACCAAAUAUCCUCAAGCCAGACUUAAGUGCCCCGGGUGUAACCAUCUUAGCUGCAUGGUCUCCGAAAGCCACAAUUUCAGGUUCCACAGUCGACAAGCGCUCCUCAAUGUACAACAUUAUAUCUGGAACAUCCAUGUCUUGCCCACAUGCAACUGGUGCUGCUGCCUAUGUCAAAACAUUUCAUCCCUCAUGGUCUCCUGCUGCUAUUAAAUCUGCUCUCAUGACAACAGCUUCUCCCAUUUAUGCCUCCUAUCAUAAAGAAGCGGAAUUGGCUUAUGGUGCUGGUCAAAUUGAUCCACUGAAGGCUGUCCAUCCAGGUCUUGUGUAUGAUACCUUGAAAGCUGACUAUAUACAAGUGUUGUGCAACUUGGGUUAUAAACCUGAUGAUAUUAAGAUCAUUGCCGGAGAGAAUGUUACUUGUGUGAAGGAAAAUGGUACAGAUGCUGUUUUAAACUAUCCUUCUUUGGGUGCUUCUGUUUCUCCCGAAGAACGCAUCGAUAUAUAUUUCCCAAGGACAGUUACGAAUGUCGGAUUACCAAAUUCUACAUACAAGGCAACAAUUGGGCCACAAAAACUAGUAAAUGUUACUGUUAAACCUAAUGUUCUAUAUUUCAAGUCGGUGAAUGAGAAGAAGCAAUUCACUGUACAUGUUACAAGGCCAGGAAUUGGCAAAGAUAAAAUCAUCUCUACAUGGGUGUUGUGGUCUGAUGGGAAACAUAAUGGAGGGCAAGAUGGAAGUGGAAUUGGAAGUGAAGGUGGAGGUGGAGGUGGAGGUGGGGGAUUGAGGGGUAGGAAAGGGAGGGUGGGAGUAGUUAUGAGUUGCGGUGGGAGAUCAUGGGUGGGGAAGCUGGAAAGAGAAGGAGAUGAGGGUGGGGAUGCAGACGGUGUGAGGACGGGGCUGGAUCGUUCCAUCUACCUGCUAUGGAAAUCUCAGUUUCUUCCCAUCCUCAAUGCACAUGACCUUCUUGGUUAUGUCGAUGGCACUUUUCCCUGCCCUCCUUCACAUCUCCCUACUGUUUCCCCAGCCCCACUUGCAGCCAAUCCCGAGUUCACUCUCUGGCGUCGACAGGACCAACUAAUACUAAGCUGGAUUAUUUCUUCUCUGACUGCACAAUCCAUGGCUCAAAUCGUUGGUUUGUCCACCUCACAUGCUGCCUGGACCACGCUUGCUCGUAUCUAUGCCUCUCAAUCUCAGGCUCGAGUAAUGCAACUUAAAUACCAACUUUCUCAGCUCAAGAAGGGUUCUGUUCCUCUGGCCGACUAUCUUCAACGAGUCAAGGAACUUGUUGACAACCUUGCUGCUGCCGCUCAUCCUGUCUCAGACUCAGAUGUGAUCCUUCACAUCCUCCGUGGCCUCGGCUCUGAUUAUGAUGCAUUUGCUACUUCAGUGACUACCCAUAUCGAUCCUUUGUCUCUCGAUGACUUCACUGGCCUCCUUCUCAGCCAGGAAAUACUCAAAGAGCAUCGUGCGACCCCUCUUGAUCUCCCACCUUCUGAAGCAAACUAUGUCAAUAAGGACUCAUCAUCGAAUGGUCGUUCUAAUGGGAGUCGCAAUAGUGGUCGUUCCAACAAUGGGCGUGGUCGAGGACCCAAUUUGGUUUCAUGGAGCUCUAAGAAGCAACACACUGUUGCCCAUUCCUCUACGGAAUCGGAAUACAAGGGCCUUGCCAAUGCUGCAGCUGAAAUACUAUGGCUCCGCCAACUGUUGUGUGAUCUUGGGGUUUCAUCCACCCCACCGAAGCUUUACUGCGACAAUAUUGGCGCCGCUUAUCUGGUGGCCAAUCCUCUAUUCCAUGCAUGUACAAAGCACAUUGAAUCUGACUUUCACUUUGUACGUGAGCAAGUGGCAAAUGGCAGUCUCUGUAUACGGUUUGUUGCGAGCCCAGACCAGAUAGCAGAUACCAUGACCAAAGGCCUCCCUGCUCCAUACUUCUGCACUCUUCCAUGCACAAUAGAAGUUCACACGUUCAAGGACUCUCUCCCAUGCAAGGACUCUCUCUCAUGCUGUUAUGUAGAUAAGGAUUGUUCCCUUUCCACACCUAAUAGCCAACGUGUAACAUAG